UAAAGGUUAUAGAUGAAUGAACAACCAUUUCCCCCUCUGAAUAUGGUUGAACUAUCAUACACUGUAUCAAUCUUUUUUUUUAAACUAUACAAAUGUAAUAUAUGCUAGUCAAUUUCAAACAGGAAGUUAAAGUUGCAUUUGAUUUGAGAAAAUUUACGAAAUGCAUUUAUGUACAUAACUUUUAAUGGGCUUAUCUCGGUGUAAAGUUGACAGUGUGCUGUAAUACGAUAUAACAAAAAUGCAAUAUUUUUUAUGGCUAGCAAAAGUCGUGAUCAGCAGUAAGCAGUAAUAUUUUCCCCGAAGAUUCCCUUAACACCAGUUCAAAAGUUGUUAAAUAUAUUCCAUUCUAGAUAUAUGAUAAGAAUCUUGGUAAUUAAAAGAGAACAGAACUUUUAAAUUACUGCAUCCUCGCAGGUCACGGAUCUUUAGUCUACACGUUGUCGUUGUAUGGCUACAUGGUGACUUAGGACCAUUGGCUCGCGAGGAUGAAAUUACUGUACUGUUUAUAAAUGUAUGUUGUCCUUUUUUUGUUUCAUCAAGAAAAAUUGUCAUUCCGAAUAUACAUGUAUCUAUGUUGAAUGAAAAACUUUAUAUUUUAAUAUGCAGCUUACAAAUUGCUGGCAAGAACAUACCGACAAAUAUUAAUAAAAAUUUUAUCAAAGGACAAAAUAUGUACAAAAUGUAUUUUUAUAUAUACUUAGAAGUACUUGCUCAACAUGUUUGAUAUUAGAAUAUUUAAUUUUACUUUCUUAUUACUCACUUAUUUACUUGUGUUUUUAAUUUUUGUCGUACGAAAAUAAAUACAUCAUAUUUGCAGAUUGUAGGUUGUUUGUUUUAAAAUUACCAUUUUCAUGGUGCCAGGUAUUGUUAAGAAGAUUUAAGAAAAAGAACUUUCUUGUGACACUGUUAAGAUAUGUAUAUCAUAGAGGAACAAGCAAAAGAUCAAAUAAAACAAUAACAAAUACUAUAGUACUUCUGAAACCCUUAAAACCAAAAAAUAGAAGAAAUAAGAAAAGAAAAGCAAGGAAAUAUGCCUUAAAUGUACUAUGCAUGUUAAACUGUAAAUUGAUAUGACAUGAUCGGUUUUUAGGUUGUAUCGAUAUUUGAUAAUUUCACAAUAUACAUGUAACUUCAUAUCAUCAGAGGUUAAUUUAACUUCUCUAAAUUAUAAGUGUUUGUAUUUGUUUCUUUAUUUGAACAUUUUAUUUAUCACAAUUGCAUCGGUACAUGUAUUUUUAAGUAGUACAUUGGUAAUGAAGCAUAUUCAUUUCUUUGUUUAGAAGGAACAUCAUUCAUAUUAUAAAACAAAAAAAACUCUGUAAAUUUCAUAGAUUUUAUUGGCUAAUCGAGUGUUGUACAUACCAGGGGUAUAUAUUCAUUUGUUGAAUAACUAUUGAAUAUGUAUACAGCUUUUAACACACUAUCGCCCCUUCCCUCUAUAAAAAAAUAUAUCCCGGACGAAAAACAGCAUGCAAUUAAAAUUGUUUUUUGCGCUCUCAUACGCGACACGCUACAUUUUUUAUAUAUAUACAUAUUUCCAGUGUUGUGUACGUUAUUCAUUUACUGGAUUUUAUCCGGAUAAUGCGUGCCCUUUAAAAAGGUCUUUAUUAUCCUAUCGUAAACAUCCGAUUCAAGUUCCUAGGAACCACGGCUAUAUUUAUUUAAUUUUCAACGUACAGGUUUGUUUUGAAUUUCGCAACUUUUAAAAACUACUUCUCCUACUCCUUUAAUUUGAAUUUUCUUAGUUUGUUUUUUUAUGACACAGGGCCCUAUAACACCGUGUAUUGCUUUGUACAGUGUUGUAAUGCAGUUACUGGAGAAGAGUAACAUUUACCCUAUUGACAAAUAGGUUGGUUUUAAGAUGUAUUUUGUGUAUCUCUUUUACUGUCUUGUCGCCGACGUAUAGUACAGAGUUUAGAACCCUCUAGAGUCGAGGAGUGGGGAGAUAAAGACUGUUGAAAAUGGUGUUGUUUGUGAUGACGAUCUGAUGAUUUGAAUCUCAUAAGGCACACUUAAGAGAAGAAGACAUGCAAAAGUAAUUAAAUAAAUAUGGGAAAGAGAUAACUGUAAAAUCUUCAAGAUCAAGAUUAAAUAUGAAGCAAUGAAAGAAAUAUUAAGUAAACCUAUGUCAUUCCUGAAUUUUAAUUAGAAAAAAAUUCUAAGGUUUUUGUAAGGAAUUCAAAGAACUUCCGAAUAUAUAUUGACUCUGAUCUUAUUUUAUUCUUCUGUUUGAAAAUGCAUAUAGAGGAAAAAUAAACGAAAAAUUGGAGAUCUUAGUGCUGAGACGAGCAUAAAUAGAAACUUAUGAAUUUGAAAGUUUUUUGAUUGAUAAUUUAUCUUUAUGUGUAUCACAAUAUCUAUCUUAUGUGUUGAAUCAAUGGCCGUUGUAAUCAGUUCAAGUAGGAACCACCAUGAUGAAAUAGCGGUUGAAAAAAUGAUUUAGCAAGUAGUUUUUACUGCUUAUUUCUUAAGGGAUGAAAAAUCAGACUUUGAAGGAUUGAGAAUCUUUUUAUUGCUCUGGUUCAAAGAUAAAUGUAGAGAAGUAUUGGAUUUCAGGUACAAAUAUAUAUUUUUCGUAGUUGGUGUAUGACGGACAAUGUUAUCAAUCUAAGAUGUAUAUCGGUUAACAGGUCAUCAGGGUACCUAUCAAGAGAUUGACGAAUAACUGGACAGUAGUUACGUCACAUGAUUAACAACAGGUCAACAAAUCUGCAUAUCAGUGAUAUAAAUCCAUUAUAUGUUCAAGUGUCGACUGAUCAGCAAGGACGAAUAUUAACUGGUUUGCUUUCAAUAAGAGUCUCCUCAACAACGACAAAUGAUAAUCAAUGAAAUGCAGUCGGCCUGCGGGAGAACUGUACAGAGUUUGAUAUCUUUUCCAAAAGGGGAGAGUACUUUAUCGGAACAAUGCAGAUAUUGUCUGAGGUCAUUGGAACGUUACAACAUUUGUGAAGAUUGUAUGAUAUACCUCUGUGACGAGUGUAUGGUGCGCUUUCAUCCCAAUGACCACACUGUUUGUAAACAACUUCCAUUCCCAGUGUUUGCAUGUUCUAAGCACAAUCAAAUCUGCCGCUUCUUUUGCAAGUUUUGUAAAGAUCUAAGAUGUGAUGACUGCGUCGUGACGAACGAGCAAUGCUCUGGGCAUGCUGAUGGGCUAAUUAAAAUACUGGACCAUAUAAAACAUGAAAAGGACAAGUUCAUCAAUGAAACUCAACUGUUUUCUUCCAAAGCGUCUAAGUCUAUUGAAAUGCUGUCACAUCGACUAGAGAAAGUUGAGGAAACAUUUUCGUUGAAUGCGAUUAACAACAAGGAAAUUUUGAGACAAGAAUUUGCCUCACUUCGUCAUCUUAUUACAGAGCGAGAACAAGAAAUGUAUCGAACUUUUGAUAUGGAAUAUGAUUCAUGUAUGAAAAGUAUUAAAAAAUACAAAAGACGGUAUGGUUCGAUGAUGCAAGCUAAUACCAAAGUAAUAGCGACAUCUGAAUAUCACCUUGGCAAGGAAUCUCUCACGGAUUUUUACUUUAGCGCCAAAAAGAUAUGGAAGAGGUUUGAUAAGUAUAAGAAGAAUUUGGAGUCUCUACCUAGUCCUGAUGCUCUACUUCAGUCUCCGAUUCUAUCGCCAAUGUCUCUCUAUGUAGAAAAAUCAGAGCUGGCCAAAUCUCUCCAAUUCAACAACCUGGGUCCUUGUUCUAUAAGCUGUCUGCGACAUGUAGUGUAUAUUGAGGAUGUCAUGAAACCUAUUCGGCUGGAUGAAUUUAUUUCCAUUUCCAGUCCACUCCUCUCCAAGACUUACUCCAUUUGUGUGGAAAUAUUAACAUCUUUAAGGAAUGUUAUCAGCCGUUCUGUUCACCAUUCAUUAGACGAAUACAUAGUCAAUACGGAAAAUCAAACAACCUUAGACCCAUCACACAGAUAUAUAUUCAGAUUUCGUGUACAAACUUUAUUUAAAAUGUCUGACAACAGAACUUCGGAGAGCAUAAGUAGUCCUUGCCACAUCAUGGUGAUUACAGGUAAGAAUUCUUAUUCUGGAGCAAAUUGUUUUCCAUUUGGAAUUUCUUUACAAUCUUCAGGACAGAUGUUUGAUAGGUCCAUUAGAGGAAGAUUUCGACCUCCAACGGAUGACAACUCACGGUUUCAAUCAAUGUUUGCCAUGACAGAGUUUGAGAAUUAUAGUCCAGAAGAAUUACGGUUACAGGAUUAUAUAAACAAUGGAAUAAUUAAAUUGAAUAAUCCAUGACAUAAGUUUUCGGAUUUUGAGAGUCCAGGUAGCAGUAAUGGUUUGCUGGUUACAUUUUUGAAAAUUUCUGAACUGGGAACUUCAGGAACAGUUUAUAAGUAAUUACUUGACUAUAUUAUCCCA